GUAGAGAAACAAGUCGCUCAGGAGAGCUACGACCAGAAAAAGUUUUGGUUAUCAUCAGCAGUUACAAGGAGGGUGAUGCUGCCCUACAGCAGCGAGUUCCGUUCCCGGACCGACAGCACCAUCUACGUGCCCGCAGUGACAGAGGCAGUGGCCAAGGCCCUCCUGCGCUUCGUGUCCUCGCGGUGCUGCUAUGGGAGCAGGGUGGCAGGGGAGCUGGCCAUCCAGUGCCUGCGGCAGGCAGGCACCUACCGAUAUCGACUGGAGACGUUCAGUGAGUCGAGGUUAAGCGAAUGGGUGUUUGAGCCCUUCACCGACCUCUGGGAUGUGGAGGAUGAGCCCCCUCCACUCUUCCAGGGCCAGACACAGUGGUGCUGGGUGACUCACUCAGCACUGGUCAGGACAAAGUGUGUAACAUGCAAGGGAUCCCAAAGCAGGCUAAAGCAGCAGAAGAGAUGCCAGCUUUGUUCAGGUACAGGUCGCAAAAGGUUCAAUACCUGUUCUGGCCAGGGCAGCAAGACCUGUGCGACCUGUCAGGGAGAGAAAAAGCUCCAGCAUUUCAAGCAGCUGGUGAUAACCUGGAAGAACAAUGUCUUAGAAUUUGUUUCUGAGCAUCAUCUGAACUUCCCAGGAGAGCUGCUCAGCAAAGUCAGUGGAGAGAGUGUAUUUAAAGAUGAAAAUGUGAUGGUGUACCCCAUCAUUGGCUUCCCUGAACCUGAGAUCUCCCUGGCCUCGCAGGGAGCCAUUGCUGAGCACAGUGUGACGUUUGGCGCAUCAUCCCGCAUCCUCCAGCAGAGGCAAACAAUCGAGCUAAUCCUCAUCACAGAAGUACACUACCAGUAUUCAGGGAAGCCUUACCUCUACUACAUCUAUGGGCUUGAGAACAAGGUAUAUGCACUGGACUAUCCUGAGAGGUGCUGCUGCAGCUGCACUGUCAUCUGA